GUUGACGAACUGUCUGCAAGUGAGGUCGAUUUAUUAGAAGUACCUAAUGAUUGACUUUUACGGGAAUUUCGGUAAAGUGAAACCACAGCUCAAGGCCGCGUGUUGUGUAAUUUGAGUUUUACGGUCAUCGUUUCAGAGGUUGAAAUACUUCAGAUCAUGAAUGUACUCAAAAGUUUGCGCGCCGUGGUUUCUUCUGCAUACACUCGCCAGACAGACAGGCAGUUUUCAGAUAAAUUCUGGUCGAGGCAUCACAUCGCAUCAAAUGGAUAUUAUUCAAUUAGACAUUACCGAGCAGCGACAUGCUCAGAAUUGGGAAAACCUUUGCAAAUAACUGAAGAAAAAUCAAAAGAACUUAAACCGGACCAAAUCAGGGUGAAGAUUCAUGCAGCAGGAGUGAACUUUGCGGAUGUUCUCAUAAAUAACGGUUUAUAGCAAGUGAAACAUGAACCACCUUUUACGUCAGGCUUGGAAUUUGCUGGCGUCGUCAUUGAGGCCGGGAAAGAUACGAAGACUAAAGUAGGUACCAGGGUAGUUGGAAUGGAAUUCAUGACUGGACAUGCAGAAGAAACAUGUGUACAAGAGAACGUAGUUCAUCGAAUACCCGACAAUAUGAAUUUUGCCACGGCGGCGAGUGGAAUAACAUCAUCAUAUGCAACUGCGGUAGGUGCAUUAGAGUCAAAGGCAAGAAUUCGGCCCGGAGAAAAGUUACUUGUGACGGCUGCUGGAGGUGCUCUUGGACUUGCUGCAAUUGAUCUUGCAAAAAAUGUAUAUGGUGCAGAAGUGAUUGCUGCUGCUGGUGGAACAGACAAGUGCAAUUUUCUUGAGCAGAAAGGAUUUAAAACCAUAGAUUACAGCAAAGAGAGUAUUAAAGAAGCGGUUAAAAAAGCUCAUCCUAAAGGAGUGGACGUUGCACUUGAUUCAAAUGGAGGAGAUCAUUUUAUGGAGUGUUUCAAGAGUAUGGCGGUAGAUGGAAGAUUACUCUCACUUGGGUUUAGUACAGGAAAAUUUCCUUCAGUUCCAGUUAAUCAUAUGUUGGUGAAAAACAUAACUGUUACUGGAUUCUACUGGGGUAUAUACCAUAAAUAUGACGUUUCAUACGAACGGUGGACUAUUAAUGAAGCAUUCCGAUAUUUUACUGAGGGAAAAAUCAAUCCUUAUAUCGGAGCAACAUUUUCGCUAGAUAAUAUCAAUGAUGCAUUCGCAUACAUAAUGAAGCGCAAAUCCAUUGGAAAAGUUGUUAUCGAAAUUCAGUGAUGAUAUUGUGCAGAAACCUUCCUAUAGCCUUAAUCUGCAGUGAAGAAUAUUACUGAAUGAUGGGACGUAUUUGAAACUGUGCAAUAUAAACUUGCAUCAAAUGACAACUUUUAUACAAUUUUUUUGAUUCUGUUCAGUACGAUAGAUACAUUAUUAUUCACAAAACGUCAAAUAAACCACAUAAUUAAUUAAAGUAAAAUAGAAAGAUUCACGAACCAUAAGGGUAUUUUAAUGUCAAUAAAUGCCUAUAU